CAAAUAUUUUCCUUAUCUUAGAAUAAAUAUAUUUUAAAAUAAUAAAUCUAAAUAAGAAAGUAUGUCAACAAAAAAAAUCUAAAUAACUUUUUUUGUAAAUUAAUAUCUCUAUAAAUUAAUAAAAUUUAAAAGUUCCAACAUUGUUAAUUUAUAGAGGUUUUACUGCUAUGUUUACAGCUCAAACUUUUAAAUAGGUCUUUAUUAAAUAUAUAUUCAAAAAUGUUUUUUCUGGAGAAAAAUAUAGUCAGAAAUGUUACCGUUCAGUUCAUUCAUUGAUUUUAAAGAAACUCAAACUAGUAUGUUUAAUAGUUAUGAAUUUAAUAUAUUUUUCUAAUUCAAAACCAGUUUUUGAUAGUACUAUCAAAAUUUUCAAUGAAAGUCCUUUUUCGUAAAAAAAAUGUUAAAAGGGAAACUAAAGUAUUGUCGGUCGAUAUCGACAUUUGGCAAUUCAUAUUGUAGAUUUUGGACCAACAUGAUUAGUAUUUAAUUCUCUGUUUCGUGAAGUUUGAAAGAUUGGUUAAUUCUCUCUCCAUGUGUAUAUUCUUAACCUUAAAAAUAAACCUUAAUGGAAUACGUAAUCAAGUCCUUAAACGUAAUCUAGUAAUCUUCCCACUAACAGUUACCUUAAACUAACUUCACCGGUAGAACGGAAACCAAAAAACGCAUACGACAUUUUAGUUAUUACUUUAUAAAAUGCAUAAUAUUGCAAUAUCAUGAUAGCUACUGUUAUGUAAAAUCUAUAUCAAACUUUUUUUUCUGAAAAAAAAAUCUCUAUCUCUAUCAGACUUGAAGAAAACUAAACUAACUAGAGACAAAAUUAAAAUUCGAGUGAGACAAAUAUUUAUCUUAUAGUUUGUAUUGAUUGUGCGGAAUGAAUAAUUUUAUAAUUAACCUACUACAGUCCAACCAAUUAUCCAUAAUCCAUAAUAUAUGUAUUUCUAGAAGAAAAGAAAGAACAUGUUACUAGCAAUCAUUUAUCGUACCAGAGCCGGUAACCCCUCUUUCUAAUGCAUUGGCUUUGCUCCCUCCAUAUAUUGACUUAAAGCUCCCUCUUUCUCUCUCGCUUCACAUCUUUACUACAUUUUUUUUCUGAAACAGAAACCAUUAUUUUUGACAUUGAAUACAAAUUUCUUCCUUGUAUUGUUUAGAUAACCAAGUAAGAGGAACUAAAGUAAUGAAGGAUGAGAACAGCACGAGCGGGAUAUGCGAGCCGUGCACGUCUUUCAGAAAGAAGUGUAGCCACAUGAUGAAGAAUCAGAGAGGCAAGUUUUACAUCAUUGCCCAUUGUAUCGCCAUGUUAGUCUGCGGGCGUGAGCGUGACCGCGACCGAUACCGUGUUUCGAUUUAGGUUUUUACCUUAUGCAUUUUUUUCUUCUUGUCUUUCUUUAAUUGUAUCUUCUUUGGUGGUUGCCAUUUUCAUUUUUCUUCUAGUACAUUUGGACUAGGGUUGGUAUUUAAGUUAUAUAACAUGAUGGAAUUAACGUAAUGCAUUCAUAGAAAUGCUUUAUAAAUUUGCGUCUUAUGUCUUUGGGUUGACUUUGAAUGGUAGCUUCUGAAAAAGUUCUUAGUUGUUCAAGUAACUAAUUAUUUGCUCUCUUUUUUUUUCUCUAACGCUUUGGCCCUCAAAAAUAUGUACUUUACUUGCAAUAGUGUAUACGAAAGUUUAAUUACGGUA